AUGUCUGUGGCUCAGUCGCUAGCCGAGGACAUUAACCCUGUGCCAAAGAGGGCUAGAGUGGAAGCUCGAUUGGUGUUGAGUUUUACGGAUGAGGAUAAGGUGGGAACCAUACAACCACAUGAUGAUGCUUUAGUGGUCAUGCUCAAGGUAAGAGGGUAUGGCGUAAGGAGAGUGAUGGUAGACCAAGGCAGUGGCGUAGAGGUUAUGUAUCCUGACCUCUACGAAGGACUGAACUUGAGACCAGAAGAUUUGACAGCAUACGAUUCACCUUUGAUUAGUUUUGAUGGGAAAGUUGUCAUCCCAAAGGGUCAGAUUAGAUUACCCAUACAAGCAGGAACAGAGGUGGUCAAGGUGAACUUUAUUUUGGUGGACGCCUAUUCUCCUUACACUGCCAUCGUGGGAAGACCUUGGCUUCAUGCCCUGAGGGCUGUUUCCUUAACUCUGCACCUAAAAGUGAAAUACCCAGUCGGGGACGGGAUCGAAGAACUCAUUGGGAGUCAAUCUAGGAGUCAGUCUAUGGCUAGGCAGUGCCUGGUGGUUGCCAUUUUGCAUCAACCUAGGGCUGGGCCCUCGGCCCCUGCCGAGAUGGGCUCAUAG